AUGGUGAGUCCCGGCGGCAACAAAACAACCCUAGCAAGAUAUCUCUUCACCCGCCUUCGCCAGUCCGGUGUGCACGCCAUCCAUGGCGUCCCGGGCGACUUUACUCUCAAGGCGCUUGACUACCUUCCCCAAGCCGGGGUGAAAUGGAUUGGCACCUGCAACGAGCUGAACGCCGGCUACGCCGCGGAUGGAUAUGCGCGGGUGCGCGGGCUCGGCGCCCUGCUCACCACGUAUGGCGUCGGCGAGCUGAGCGCCAUCAAUGCCGUCGCGGGCAGCUUCAGUGAACAUGUCCCCGUGGUGUCGAUCGUGGGGACCCCGCAACGGCGGCUGCAGCAUGAGAGGAAGAACGUCCACCAUACCCUCGGCGAUGGCCGACCGAGAGUGUUUGCGGAGAUCGCCAGGCAUGUUACGGUCGCGCAAGCCAAUCUUGUUGAUGAAGCCACCGCGCCGAGAGAGAUUGAUAUGACGAUCGAGACCGCGCUGAGGGAGAGCAGGCCGGUGUAUAUUGAGCUGCCAGCGGAUAUGGUGGGGAAGGAGGUCGACGGGGAGAGGCUGGAGCAGCCGCUUAACACGGACAGAUCGAGUAGUGGCGACGAGAACCGCGAUGACGCACUCGUUGAUGAUCUGUUGCAAAGGAUAUAUUCCGCGAAACAGCCGUUACUGCUCGUCGACAGUGGCGGCGGCGUCCGGCAACUGCGGCCCGAAAUCAACGACUUUGUCAAGGCGUCUGGGAUUCCUACUCUCUGCAUGCCCUCUGGAAACGGCAUGGUCGAGCAUUCGCUCCAGAACUACUACGGCGUCCACUCCGGCCCCGUGGGACAGAUCGACACGAUGCCGUAUGUACAGGGAGCAGAUCUGGUGAUAGCCUUUGGGCCAAUGUUCUCCGACACGCAGACGCUGUCGUGGAAGGUCGUGCCGGACGCAGCGAGGACGAUCACGCUGGAGAAGAACUCCAUCCACGAUCCGGCCCAGCCCACAAAUGGCGGGACGAAGAGGGAUAUCGAUCUGAAGCGACUUCUUGCCCGGUUGACGCGGCGGAUUGAUCGCUCGGGCGUCACCUCGCCCGAUGUGACAUCCUUGGGCAAUUUUCGAACAAUCCAGGCGCCUGCUUUCAGACAAGCCAGCGUCGACCUCGACGCACCUAUCGACCAGACAUCUUUCUACCUCCGCCUCAGCGCAUACCUUCGCCCCUACGACAACGUGGUCCUUGGCAAUGCAACCCCGAUUCUCGGCGGUCGCGACCUGGUCCUCCCUCACGGAGCGCAGAUCACUGCUUCAGGUCAGUGGUUCUCCAUAGGCCACAUGCUCCCUCUCACAAUGGGUGCGAGCUUAGCCCGGCAAAGACAACAACAAGAACGACCCCCAGGAUGGAAAGGUGGGGUUGGAAGAACCAUCCUCCUCGAUGGCGACGGCGGGUUCCAAGUCACCGCCCAGGAACUGGGGACCAUGAUCCGCUACAGGAUCCCUGUGACCAUCUUCCUCAUCAACAAUGCCGGAUACGCCUACGAGAGACAGAUCCACGGUAUGCACGAGGACUACAACGACCUGGCGCCCUGGCGGUAUCAAGAGCUGGCCCGGACGUUUGGGGCAAGCGAGGCACAGCUGCUUUCCCCAACCACACCGCAACGAUCGUCGUCCUCCGAAGCAAUUGCCGCUGAUGACGACUAUCCCGUACGAAGCUACGAGAUCUCGACGUGGCGGCAUCUCGAUCGGUUGCUUGCUGACGAGCAGUUUUGCGAGGGUCGAGGGCUGCACUUUGUCGACGUCAGGAUGGGCAAGUUUGAUGUGCCUGAGAAAUUCAAGGUCGUUUUUCAGAGGGCCGGGGAGUCGUUGGGUUAG